AUGUUGUCAUGUUCGUACGUGCGCCCGCUACGUGAACCUACCUACAAUGGCAAAACGGCAAAUGGCGGUGACUUUCGAGUUGACUUGGGGUGCCGAAAGCGGUACGAUAGCAGAGAUAUAGCAUACAUAUUUGUUGGAAUAAUCCUGACUCCCGCAACUGCAGAACAGUCGAGCUACAAUCUAUUCGAGAGAGAGGAUAGAGUACCGCAAACAGGAGGACAAGCGGUUGUCGUCUCCUACACCGUCGUGCAGUACUCUGGACUUUCCCUACUAAUUUCAAGAGCUUCAAAAUGCGCUAACGUGUGGGAUACCUGUAGGUCAGCUGGAGUGCACGACAAUGGUAGCAGCGGCUGCGUUCGUGCUCACGUCAAACUUCCUCCACAGGAAGCAGUCGCUGCUGAAUAG